GCCUCACAGACAGCUCUUUAAGCGUGGAAGAGUUGAACAUCGAUCUGCAGACAUGUCCCGCCGAUAUGAUUCGAGAACGACCAUCUUCUCCCCGGAGGGGCGCCUGUAUCAGGUCGAGUACGCCAUGGAGGCCAUCGGCCACGCCGGCAGCUGCCUGGGCAUCCUGGCCAGCGACGGCGUGCUGCUGGCCGCUGAGCGGAGGAACGUCCACAAGCUGCUGGACGACGUGUUCUCCGAGAAGAUCUACAAGCUGAACGAAGACAUGGCGUGCAGCGUGGCGGGCAUCACGUCGGACGCCAACGUCCUGACCAACGAGCUGAGGCUCAUCGCACAGAGGUACCUGCUGCAGUACCAGGAGCCCAUCCCGUGCGAGCAGCUGGUCACGGCGCUGUGCGACAUCAAGCAGGCCUACACGCAGUUUGGAGGGAAGCGUCCCUUCGGAGUGUCGCUGCUCUACAUGGGCUGGGACAAGCACUACGGCUUCCAGCUCUACCAGAGCGACCCCAGUGGAAACUACGGCGGCUGGAAGGCCACGUGCAUCGGGAACAACAGCGCUGCUGCCGUCUCCAUGCUGAAGCAGGACUUCAAGGAGGGAGAGAUGAAACUGUCCUCGGCCCUGGCGCUCGCCGUCAAAGUCCUGAAUAAAACCAUGGACGUCAGCAAGCUGUCUGCAGAGAAAGUGGAGAUCGCCACGCUGACCCGCGAGAAUGGCAAGACCGUCAUCAAAGUGCUGAAGAAGGAGGAGGUGGAGGAGCUGAUCAAGAAGCACGAAGCCGAGGAGGCCAAAGCCGAGAAGGAGAAGAAGGAGAAGGACCAGAAGGAGAAGGACAAGUAGUCUCCCCCCCCCCCACAGUGUGUCCAGUUUGUGUGUGUGUGAGAGAUCGAAUUGUGACUCUUUGCAUUUGUGUUGUUUCUUAAAAUAAAUCCAAAUGAUGAAUUCUU